AUGCAUAUCCGUCCAGCAAGAGUAGAUGAUCUCACGGGCAUGCAGGCCUGCAACUUGCACAACCUUCCGGAGAAUUAUACAAUGAAAUACUAUCUCUACCAUGCUCUCGCAUGGCCCACACUCUCUUAUGUUGCGGAAGAGGACGGCCGGAUCGUUGGGUACAUCCUGGCGAAGAUGGAUGAGGAUGCGGCCGAGGGUGACGACCAGCACGGACAUGUAACGUCCAUAUCGGUUUUGAGGUCACAUCGUCGGUUGGGACUCGCGAAGAAGCUCAUGAUACAAUCCCAAGAAGCCAUGGCCGCGAACUAUUCUGCUGCAUACUGCUCUCUACAUGUACGAAAAUCGAACCGUGCCGCGCUUGGCCUUUACCGUGACACUCUCGGCUUUGAAGUCCAAAACAUCGAGAAAAAAUACUAUGCAGACGGCGAGGAUGCGUAUGCUAUGCGUCUGCCUCUCAAAGCCCACAGCGCUCUUGUACACACAUAA